GGUCCCCGUCCCGCCCCUCGCGCGCUCUCUGGCCCCCUCCGCUCCAUUGGCCGCCGGUCCCGUUGUCGCGAGAUCCCGGCUCUGGUGCUCGGUGCCCGGGCAGUGACAGCGGCCCUGGUGACAGCGGCGCUUCUGGCCGAGCUAUGGCGGCCCUCAGGAGGCUGUUGUGGGCGACUCCGCGGCGUCUGGGCCCCUCCUUGCCCGGUUCAGUACCGGGACGGUCACUGCGGGGACGGCCUGACGCAGAGGCCGAGGUAACGGCGGCGGAGCCGGAGGAACGGGAGGACAACGAGGAGGCCUGGCAGCGGCGGCGGCGGCGGCGGCGGCGCUGGGGGGAGCUGGGUGCGGCGGCCGCGGCCGGGGGUGGCCUGGUAGGGGCUGUGUGUCACCGCCUGUAUGGGCCUCAGCCUGCCCCGCCCCCCGCCCCCACGCUGGACGAGCCCGGCCCCGAACCCCCAGCUGCGCCGCCAGCCGCUGCGCGCUUGCCCCUCGCAGUGGCCGCCGCCGCCAGAGACAGCACGGUGGUUGCCAGUAAAGCAGAUUCAGAAGACUUAGACUUCUUUGCCACUUCUCGUGAAAGACGGUUUCGUUUAUUUGCUUCUUUAGAAUGUGAAGGACAGUUAUUCAUGACACCACAUGAUUUCAUUCUGGCUGUUACAACUGAUGAGCCCAAACGUGUCAAACAGUGGAGAUCACUUUCCAAACAGGAAUUAAAUGAAAUGCUUAAAGGAACACCACCAGCAUGGAAAGGGUCAUCAAAACUUUUUCGAAAUCUUAAGGAAAAAGGUGUGAUUUCUUAUACGGAAUACCUGUUUCUUUUAUGUAUUUUAACAAAGCCUCAUGCAGGUUUUAAAAUAGCUUUCAAUAUGUUUGAUACUGAUGGCAAUGAGAUGGUGGAUAAAAAGGAGUUUUUGGUGCUUCAAGAAAUAUUCAGGAAAAAAAAUGAAAAGAGAGAAGCAAAAGGAGAUGAAGAAAAGCGUGCACUGCUGCGUGUUCAACUUUAUGGACUCCGUACCUCUCCUAAUAAUGUGGUUAAAACAGGAGAAGUCAUCUCCAGAAGCUAUUGGGAUACGCUGAGACGGAACACAAGCCAGGCUCUCUUUUCGGACCUCACUGAGCGAGCUGACGACAUCACAAAUUUAGUGUCAGAUACCACUCUGCUUAUACACUUUUUUGGAAAGAAAGGCAAAGCUGAGCUCAACUUUGAUGAUUUCUACAGAUUUAUGGACAACUUGCAAACAGAAGUUCUGGAAAUAGAAUUUCUUUCCUAUUCCAAUGGCAUGAACACUAUCAGUGAAGAAGACUUUGCCCACAUUCUGUUGCGAUAUACAAAUGUGGAAAACACGUCUGUGUAUCUGGAAAAUGUGCGCUAUAGUAUAGUGGAAGAAAAGGGCAUAACGUUCGAUGAAUUCCGGUCCUUCUUCCAGUUUCUGAACAACUUGGAGGAUUUUGCAAUUGCCCUGAACAUGUACAACUUUGCAAGUCGCUCCAUAGGGCAAGAUGAAUUCAAACGUGCCGUCUAUGUGGCCACGGGCCUGAAGCUCUCACCCCAUCUGGUGAGCACCAUCUUCAAGAUCUUCGAUGUGGACAAAGAUGACCAGCUGAGCUACAAAGAAUUCAUCGGCAUUAUGAAAGACCGACUGCGCAGGGGAUUCCGGGGCUACAAAACGCUUCCAAGUUACCCCACUUUCAAAUCCUGCCUGAAGAAGGAACUCCACAGCAGAUAGGUGCCUCCCAAAGGGGGCUUCCAGGAUGAUUGUCUACUCCAAGGGAUCCAGACAGACCUUUCAGAGCCUACAGAAACAGGUCCACAGCCAAAAGCUCCUGAGAUAGAAAGAUGAAAAGCGGCAAAAACCACACGUUCUGUUUGUCCUCACCCCAUGUCCAUAUGAGCCGAGGAGUGCAGGAGAUCCCCAACGUGGCAGCCAGCCCCAAUCCAUCAACCCCUCUGUGUGUGCUGCUUCCCAUGCCCUGAAGAGCCUCGGAGACUCGUGUCCUUUGGGCUUAUUUAUUUAUUUAUUUGUGGGAGAUUCGCCCAUCACCGGAAACAACAGGUGCCCUGGAAGAGGGGAUGGGAAGGAUGUGCACGCGUGUCCUCAGAGCCGAGCUCUCCAUGCACUAGCCUCACUCUGCCCUGCCACAGCCUUCUCAUGCACUUUGGACUUUCAAAGGGCCACACGGAUGUGUGCCAUCACUGGAGUCACGGGAAGCUGGAGGUCUGGACAUCCUUGUGCUGCCCUCCUCAGGAGAGGUAGCCUCCCCUGCCUGUCUGCCGGCUGGCCAAGCUCUCAAGUGACCACAGGCCCAGCCUGUGGUGGCCCAGGGCCCCUGGUGGCAGGCCCUCCUCCUAUUGUAUUGCAUGAGAAUCGCGCCUUUCUGUUCAGGGGAGAGUAGCCUAGAAUGAAAUCCAAUUUGCUUGGCAACAGUGUUUGUGUCAUAAUACUCAAUGGUAGUAAUUUAUUCUUUUUGGGGAAAGGACCACAAGGAACAGCCCAGGCCCACAGCAAGGUUGUUUUUAAGUAAUAGCUCAGAAAUCUCAAUACCUAAUUUAUUCUUCUUCAAGCAAUGUCUUUAAAGGGCAAAAGAUCUCUCUUCAAAAACAAUGAAAAUUCGAUUUGCAAAGAGAGAAAAUAGCUCAGUACUGUCUUGAUUGAUUCUUGCAAGUCUGUAUGUUAAUCAAAUGUGCCAGCUUGAUCAAUGCAGAAAAAACUCUGCAUGAGAUGGAAGACGCUCUUAGCUCUGCGACAACCGAUUUUGUGUCGCUUUCAUAGAUGAACUUGUAAUGCCCGCUCUCCUCGUUAGCCAUGAUCUUUGUUUAACUGUAAGGAUUUCAUCAAGGUGGGCCCUUCUUCUACCAAUGCAGAGGACAGCGACCUCCAUGAGUUGUUGUUUUGAAGACAAAAUUAUCACCUGGUGGCCAGUCCUCUAGAGAUAAACAACACCUUCAGGGGCGUUUGGCCUGGCUUCCUUUCCAGCAAUAUUCAAGAGGAUGGAACCCAAAAGAUGGCAGGUCACCUUCUGCUAUGAGGCAGCUGAGGAGAAAUGGUUCAAAGAGUCAAUAACUGAAGUGAAUUCUCAAGAUGGCAGUGCCAAUGGCUGGUACUGACUGGCCAGCUCCCUUACUUGAGCUUUCUGCUCCUGGCACUGGGCUAGAAAGGGGCAAAUCUGAAACUGAACUGCCACCGUACUUUGGUUCCACUUGCACUUUUAAAAUACAAGUUCAAGGCUGAGGGAGUAAAUACAACACCCUGCUAUUCCAUAUAAGAUUCCUAUCUCUAGGUCCAGCCUAACUCAGAGUCACUUGUUCCCAGUGUUACCUCCUAGUGGGAAAUGAUGCCACGUAAGUCAUUGCUUGGCUCCCAAGCUGCUCUGCCCAAGCACGGUCUAGGAGAAAACCUGGCCUGAUUUCAGCAGGCUGGCCCUGUGAGGGACGCCUGAGCCAGUCCCGAUGGUGUAUCAGCACUAGCAAAAUCAACUCUGAGCCCAAGGAAGUAGAUGAAUGCCUUUCUGUGUGUAGACUGGCCAUAUACUAUUAGGAUGUGAAUAAGCAAAAUCUUGCCAGAAACUUAAGAAAACUAGUUUUCCACUGAAAAUGAUGCAUCUCUAUGUGCUAAUGAUAUUUGCCCCUAGACUUCAUAGAAACACUGAAAUUAGGUCCCCAUGCCAAACCCUAGCAUCAUGUCUGACAGAACUCCUGCAUUCUAAAUGUGGCAUCAUCAAAUAAAAGUUCACAGUGGCAUCUCAGAA